AUGCAGAGGGCGGGGGCCGGGGGCCGGAGGGCCUCCGACUGCGGCCCUGCCCCUCAGCGGCCCCGGUGCAUCACCAAGUUUGCCCAGUACGUGGGCUCCUUCCCCGUGGACGACCUGGACCCCCAGGAGAGCGUGUGGCUGGUCCAACAGCAGCUGUGGGCGCUGAAGGACUGUCCCCGUCGCCGGGCCGUCAUCCUGAAAUUCAGCCUUCAGGGCCUCAAGAUCUACAGCGGGGAGGGCGAGGUGCUCCUGAUGGCUCAUGCCCUAAAGCGCAUCCUCUAUGCCACCUGGUGCCCAGCCGACUGCCAGUUUGCCUUCAUGGCCCGAAACCCCAGGAGCCCGGCCAGCAAGCUCUUCUGCCACCUCUUUGUGGGCAGCCAGCCUGGGGAGGUCCAGAUCCUUCACCUGCUGCUCUGCCGCUCUUUCCAGCUCGCUUACCUCCUGCAGCACCCGGAAGAGCGGGCGCGGCCCGAGCCAUGCCCGAGCACUGUGGGGGACGUGCCCCUGAAGCCGGUGUCCGGCCCCGGGCACCCCCCUGGCCUAGUACGGGAACCCUUCGGCCGGGAUCAGCUCUCACAGAACGUUAACGCGCUGGUCUCCUUCCGGCGGCUGCCGGCAGAGGGGUCUGGGGGCAGCGGGAAGGAGCUGCUGGAGUCAGGGAGCCGCGUGGGUGCCCGCCACGCGCGCCUAGGGAACCCGUACUGCUCGCCCACGCUGGUGCGCAAGAAGGCCAUCCGCAGCAAGGUGCUCCGCUCCGGGGCCUACCGCGCCUGCACCUACGAGACGCAGCUGCAGCUGUCCGCCCGCGAGGCCCUUCCUGCCGCGUGGGAGGCCUGGCCCCGGGCACCCGGGGGCCCCUCGUGCCUGGUGGAGAGCGAGGGAAGCCUGACGGAGAACAUCUGGGCCUUUGCUGGCAUCUCCAGGCCCAGCGCCCUCGCGCUGCUGCGGAGAGACGUGCUGGGGGCCUUCCUGCUGUGGCCUGAGCCGGGCGCCAGUGGCCAGUGGUGCCUGUCGGUGAGGACGCAGUGCGGCGUCGUGCCGCACCAGGUCUUCCGGAACCACGUGGGCCGCUACUGCGUGGAGCACCUGCCGGCUGAGUUCCCCAGCCUGGAAGCCCUGGUGGAGCACCACGCUGGAACGGAGCGGAGCCUCUUCUGCUCCCUUGACAUGGGCCGCUUGAACCCCGGCUACGAGGAGCAGGACUGCGGGCCCGAGGGCCGGCCUCCUCGGACGCUCAGACCCCUGGGCCACGCCAAGUCUGAGGCAGAGCUGCAGGGUCUGGGCUAG